AUGCCAGGAACGCCCCUGACCCUGACCCUGACCCCGGGGGCUUCCCUGAGUCUGCAGAACGGAGGCUCCUGGGCCAGCCUCUCCCUGGCAGGAUUCCUCACCAUCUAUUCUAACCCAGGACCCCACAUCAACAAACACUGGGUCCAGAUCCUGCGGAAUGACCGCCGUCCAUGGGCAGGAGUCACCAGCAGCUUCUCCGUGGAGCCAGAGGUAGAAGUCACCCAUGAGACCUUCAUUGCCUACAAAGUCCUGGAGGUUUUCCCCAGAGGCCGCAGGGUGGUCAUAACGUGCCACUCACCCCAGGCACCCCCGCCCGUCACCUACUCCCUCUGGGCGGGCCAGGGCACUGAGGUCGCCAAGAAGGUGGUGAAGACCGGAGACCCGGCCUCCUUCAGUAUCAACAUCACGCUCAAGUCCAGGCCAGACCUGCUGUCGUACUCCUGCCAGGCGGCCUCCCCCGAGGGCACGCACUCGGCCAGCACCAAGCUGCAGAUGUACUGGGAGCUGUGGACCAAGCCUGUGUCCCAGCUGCAAGCUAACUUCACCUUGCUGGACAGAGGGUCGGGCCCCAGGGUAGAGAUUUCCUGCCACGUGUCCUCGGGCAGCCCACCCAUCACCUACAGCCUGGUCGGGAAGGAUGGGACCAUCCACAUGCAGCAGAGGCCGAACUACGGUCAGCCGGCCAAGUUCACCUUCACCCUUACCAACAAGUCCACCAGGCUCCAGUGCCAGGCUGAAAAUGACAUCAGUGUCCAGUUCAGCCCCUUCAAGCUGGUGCCCCCAGGACAGCUGCCCCAGGAAGCCAUCGUGGUGCUAGGGAGCAGCCUCAUCUCCAUUGCAGCUGUCACCUGUUGGUUGCUGGCCCAGGCCUGGUGGACCAGGUUGUGACCAGAAGAGGCAAGCUUGACAGAGUCCCCUCCGGAGGGCCCUGGUCUUCGUCCACGAUGGAAGGACCCACCACUUGAAUGAAGAAAAAGCCCGCCCGCCCUGGUUCUGAUGACACCCACACGGUGUUAGGCUGAGGAUUUUCGGAUGGAGUGGGCUGUGAUGCAAGGGGAGGGUCCAUAGGAAGUGGGGGAGCUCUGUGUAGUCCCCGUCCUCACCCCUAAGCUGCUUGUCACCAGCAUAGUCACUUGGCGUACAUUGGGAAAAGUCCCGGCUGCACCAGCCGACCUCCCCCAUAGUUGUUCCCCUCCUCCCUGGAGUGGCAGCCCACUCCUGGUGACCUAGCUGUCUGGCCCCGCCUCCUCACCUGGGAGGACUCUGAGCCCUUCCCCCCCACCCCAGCACCCCUGCAUUAAUCCUCGCCUGCAACUGGCAAAAAGUGUCUGGAGUUCCUCCCUGCCAUUCGGCUUGUGACCCCUCAGGAAACACAGCCUCACCCCACCCCCACUCAGCCUUCUUGGUUCCGGUGCUCUAAGCCAUUGGGGGGUGGGGGUGGGGGAGGAGAACUGGAUUAAACCCUGA